UCAGUGGCUCUUCACUUGCAUGAACACAACCGUAGACCCCCCCAGGAUCUAAAGAUGUGGACGGAAGUCGGGAAGCUGGUGUUGAUACAUUUGCUACUCACGGAGCUCCGUUGCGCUAAAGGAACUAAUACGGAGUCGGAGUGUGAAACAGGGCAGUUUCAGUGCAAGAACGGACGAUGCAUCCCAACCCUGUGGAGAUGUGACGACGAUGAUGACUGUUCAGACAGUAGCGACGAGGAGAACUGUCCAAAGAAAACAUGUGCCACCACAGACUUUGCCUGUAAGAACGGACAGUGUGUCCCUGCCAGGUGGCGCUGUGAUGGAGAACCGGAGUGUGCAGAUGGUUCAGAUGAGGCUGAUGCAAUCUGCAGCCGACAUACCUGUCCACCAGAGAAGUUUGAUUGCGGAGGGGCUGCCAGCAAAUGCGUUUCGUUGUCAUGGCGAUGCGACGGAGAGAGGGACUGCGAGAACGGGGCAGAUGAGGACCAGUGCGCUGCAGAUGCCAAGGCCUGCCCCUCCAAAGACUUCCAAUGCCGUAACGGAAAGUGUGUGGCACCAAUCUUUGUGUGUGAUGGUGAUGACGACUGCGGGGACGCCAGCGAUGAGGAGAAGUGCUCGGCUCCCACCUGCGGCCAGCACGAGUUCCGCUGCAAUGACUCGGAGUGCAUCCCCGCCCUGUGGAGCUGCGACGGCGACCCGGACUGCAAGGACAAGUCAGACGAAUCCAUGGAGCGCUGCAGCCGGAGGACGGAGCCCCAGAAACCUCGCUGCCCAGUGGGAGAGUUCCAGUGUGGGAGCGGGGAGUGUGUCCACAUGAACUGGAAGUGUGAUGGAGACGCAGAUUGCAAGGAUAAAUCCGAUGAGGCAAACUGUCCCCUGCUUACAUGCCGACCUGAUGAGUUCCAGUGUGGCGAUGGAUCCUGUAUUCACGGUACCAAACAGUGUAACAAAGUUCACGACUGUCCGGACUAUAGUGAUGAAGCUGGCUGUGUCAACGUUACAAAGUGUGACGGGGCAAGAAAGUUCCGCUGUAAGAACGGGGAGUGUAUUGACAGCAGCAAGGUGUGUGACAACGUAAAAGACUGCAAGGACUGGUCUGAUGAGCCCAUGAAGGAGUGUGGUCUGAAUGAGUGUGCAGACAACAAUGGCGGCUGCUCGCACAUCUGCAGGGACCGCAGGAUUGGUUACGAGUGUGACUGUCCCUCUGGGUAUAAACUCCUGGACAAAAAGACUUGUGGAGACAUAGAUGAAUGUGAGAACCCAGAUGCCUGCAGUCAGAUCUGCAUCAACUACAAAGGAGAUUAUAAGUGUGAGUGCUACGAAGGCUACGAGAUGGACCCUGCCUCUAAGACCUGCAAGGCUGUGGGAAAGAGUCCGUACCUGAUGUUCACCAACCGCCAUGAGAUCCGUCGCAUUGACCUGCUGAAGAGUGAAUACACACAGGUGGUUCCCACGCUGAAGAACGCAGUGGCCCUGGAUGUAGACGUGUCUACCAACAAGAUGUUCUGGUGUGAUCUAUAUCAUCGUAAAAUAUACAGUGCUUACAUCAACAAGGCCAGUGACUCAUCGCAGCAGCUGACUCUCAUCGACUCGCUCCACUCCCCCGAGGGCCUGGCCGUCGACUGGGUCCACAAGAAUAUCUACUGGACCGACUCUGGCAACAAGAGCAUCUCGGUUGCCACAGCAGACGGCAGGAAGAGAAAAGUGCUGAUAGCCACCGAGUUGAGCGAGCCGCGGGCCAUUGCAGUCGAUCCACACCAAGGGUUUAUGUACUGGUCAGACUGGGGAGGUCAGGCCAAAAUUGAGAAGGCUGGAAUGAAUGGAGUGGACCGACAAGUUCUGGUGUCCGAACACAUCGAGUGGCCCAAUGGAAUCACACUGGACUUGUCUAACAGGCGUCUCUACUGGGUGGACUCCAAGCUGCACCUGCUGUCGAGUGUUGAUCUGAAUGGGGACAACCGCAAAGUGCUGCUGUCCUCCCAUCAACACCUGGGACACCCCUUCGCCCUCAGUGUGUUCGAGGAUCGCAUAUAUUGGACAGACUUGGAGGAUGAAGCAAUAUACAGUGCCAACCGACUGACGGGACAUGAUGUGGCAAAGGUGGCAGAGCACCUGAACAACCCCCUGGACCUGGUGGUGUUUCAUGAGCAGAGGCAGCCCAAGGCUCCAGAUACUUGCAACAUGGGCAGUCUGCCUAACGGGGGCUGUGAAUACCUCUGUCUGAAGGCCCCGCAGAUCACAGACCACUCUCCCAAGUACACCUGUGCCUGUCCUGAUGGCAUGGAGCUGGGACCCGACAUGAGGCGCUGUGCUAUAGUUCGACCCAGAGGAACCACAACAGCUGCUCCAACCACCAUCACCACCACCACAACUCCCACUACAAAAACUACAACAACCACAACAACUGGCACAACUGUUACCACCACCUCAGCUCUCCCUUCCACCACCACCACCUCAACCACAAGCUCCACUACCACCUCUGCUGCUACGACACUCAGGCAUAUAACCAGACGCCUGACGACACCUGCCGCUCCUAAGACCCCCAGAAGAACCUCUACAGAGCCGCCUCGGACCCCCACUACCAUUAGUACAGAGAUGACCAGUUUCAGCAGCACACGUCAGACGUCCACAUCCACACACACACCCCUGUUGGGCCCCGGGGCCCCCAACAGCAUUCAGAGAGAGAGCAAUGCCAACCUCUCCCACAGAGCGGCGAGCGAUCACUACCUCAUAGGUAACAACAUCACUGUAGCUGUUCUUGGGAUAGUCAUUCCUAUCGUGGUCAUCGGAUUGCUCUGCACCGGCGGAUACCUGGUUUGGCGCAACUGGCGGCGCAAGAACACCAAGAGCAUGAACUUCGACAACCCGGUUUACCGCAAAACCACGGAGGAUGACGACGACGAAAUCCACAUCGGGCGACACAGCGAGUCCAUCGGUCACGUGUAUCCUGCAGUGAGUGGCAGCCACAGUCAGCCAUUCAUAGCGCUUCCUCUAGGGAGCGGUGUCACAGACAGCAACUCUCACUGGUACUCGGGGGCACCGAUGCUCUCCAGCAGCAAAUGAGAGGAGCUGCAGAGGAAAGGAAGGAGUUUGGAUUAUUUGGGGGGAAUGGGAGGAUGAGCAGGGGUUUGUAAAAGCCUGUUUGUUCUACAUGUAGGCCUGGUGGAAAGAAAGAACAGGCUUGCACACACCCACAUUCUCACACAUCGUUAUUGCAUUGAUCACUGAAAACACCAAUCUUACAUACAUAUAUAGGCCCUUCACAAGUUCAUUAUGUUCAUAAUUAUUUCACCUACAUGACCAUAAUCAUACAGUACAUACGUUUAUCACCAUCACAUCUUUGUUGCCAACCAGCCGUCCCAUCUACUUGUACAUUGUGUCCGUAUGUCUGGUUAUUGAAGUGUUUGUUCUGUUACUGGGCGACAUGUUUCUUAUGAGGCCACGGUUUCCUGACAAAACUCCUUACACAGACGCAUAUCAUCCUUGUUUACAGAAGCAGCUGAUGCAAAAAAAUCUAAUUCCUCAACAUGGUCACUAGGCAACAGAAAAAAUGUGCCGCAAGGUAGCAUCCUUGUCAGAGAGGAAUUUUGUGGAUGUUUCUUUAUGUGUGCUGCUAAACAUGAUGACAAAGGGUCAUUCAGAUAUUAGAGGGGCAUUGAGACCUAAAUGAUUAUUGCUGUCUUGAUGCAGUGCAGCUUUAUGAAUAAAAGAUGCAUGA